GGGACAAGUACUGACCAGAGGGGCUGGGGAGGCAGCAGGGAUUCAGGACAGUGACCAUGCAACUAAAGCUGUUGCCCCCAGACUCUAAAGUUUGGGCCCCCAGGCACUGGCUCAGCUGUGCUCUUCCCGGCACCAUCUUCAUCUUCAUGUGGCUGUUCUACCUGGUGGGAGAGAAGGUGGAUCCUGGAUUAAAAUCUGGUGAACUUCGCUGCCUGGGCCCAGAGCAGCUACCAGGGCAGGUGAUAAGGCCUUUCAGGGAGAGUUUAACAAGUGAGGGAGACCUGCAGCUGCCCCAGUUUCUGGACGGUUGGAGGAAACUAGUCACGCUUCUGGAACCCCUGGGCCCCCUCUUUGCCUUUGCCACCCAGGAAGCCUCAGCAAAACUCUCAAUCCUCGAGUCUUAUUCCCGAGGCCCCCACUGGACCCAUUAUCACACCAUCUCUGCCAUGGCUGACUGGGAACGGGAUCCCUCUAAACUGCAUUCUGGUCUCUAUACCUUGGUGCUCCUGCACCGAGCCCUGCACUGGGCCCAGCUCUGCCUGGGUGGCAUCACCAGAGUUCAGAACGAAGACAUAGGAGCGCUGUGUGGGGCAGCCUAUCGGAGUGUGCUAGGCCCCCACCACCGAUGGCUGAUCCGCCAGGCAGCAAACUUAGCCUUCCUUGCCUUCCCCAGUCGGAGCCAGCUACUGGUACUUGUAUGCCCAGGAUCCAGUGAUCAGGAGGCCCAGGAGGCCCUGUCUCAGGUAGCUGAUGUGUUGGAGGCUGUCUACAACCGAACCCAAAGGCUGCUGGCUGAGAGGGGGAUGCUGACAGGAGUUACACUGAAGCCUACCAGGGGCAGGUAGCAGGGCCACAGAAGGACUCUGUGUUCCCCUAGAGCGUGGGGACCAGCUGUGGGAGAGAGGAAGCAGACUGGGAGCAGCACCACUUCUUAAGCACCUUCUCUCUCUCCCACACUGACACUGCCUCUCAGCCCUGGGAUGAAGCAAACUCUUAGCCUCCAUUCGCAUCUUUCGUGAACAUCAGAUGGCAGAUGGAGGUAGGGUAAAUAAAACGUUUUUAGCAACUGUCA